AUGGUGACAAAGACAUGCACCGCGAACAUGCCCAUCACACAAAAGAGAACCGCGUUGGUAUUCAUCCACGCCGAAUCGGACGGGCCUGUACGAGAUGAACCAUCUCCAAGAGGUGACCCGCUGGAGGUAACUGUGGGCCAGAGGGAAGCUACUAUGAAGAAGACGAAAGAAAUCAUCGCCCUGUCACGUCGUUUUGCCCUCAGUGCGCAGGCAGCCUGGUGUGGAUCAAACAUGACGCGGCAGAUCCUGUCACCUGUAGCAACAAUUCUGGGCAAGGCCUCGACAGGGACGAAGUAUACAGCAGCCAGUGACAUGCAGCACGAUAUUGUCGGCGUUGUUGCCAACUUGCAAUAUGGUGAUAAUUGUUCUAGUAUGAAUGCAUCGAUGAGAUUGCAAUCCAUGCAAAUCAACGUAACUCACGCCAACAACAGACCACCCACGCUGAUGGACGAAGGGAUCGACCAACGGUCCGGUGGACGUAUCAUAGGGAUGAUGCCCCAGGUUCAUAAUAGGUGGUAUGGAAAGGAGGAUGACUUUGAGAUAGAAGAAGAGGAGGGCUGCCUGCCAGAAGAGCAUGUCUUGUCGGGUUCAUGCUUCCUUCAUGUUUCGGCUGCGGUCUUGAAGGAAAGAAACGCCCUCGGUAAUUUGACACAGAAGUUUACAUUGCAAUUAGACCUGGGGGCACAGCAGCAAUACAAGAAACUCUCACUGCCCGCGGCAGCCGGAAUAGCGAAGAGAAGUCCUGAGGCAGGGUUGGACAUGCGAGUGAUUGGGUGA